UAAUCCAAAUAUACAGAAAAAUAACAGUUUAAUUAGUAAAGAAACUUAUAUUUCUUGGAACAAUUCUUUUGAUAGUAGAUCCAUCAAUCUGCCAGCAUAUUCUCUGCACAUCUUGAAAGGUGAUUGAAAAGACCAGAAUAUGGUGUGUGUGUUCAUUUUUGCACGUGCUUUAUUCCAAAGAUAUGACAGUAAACUUUAGGAUUGCAAAAUUUGGUGAAGUACAUGAGACUUACCAUAGGUCAGUUGAUAUGUGCUUUGAAUCUUGUGAAGCAAAUCACCUCUGCUAAAAGGGAGCUUUCACAUGAGAUAUGCUUUGCUGCUUCACACCACCAGACUUUAAAAAGUACAUUCACCCACAUUAGAAGUAAAUCAUCAUUUCCUGUUACUUAAAGUAUUUUAGCCACAUGAUGCUGCAUAGCAUAGGGAGGGAGUAGAGGGCAAGUGAAAGCUUGCUUCUAGCAGAGGUGAUUUAUUUCAUAAACUUUUAAGCACAUUUCAACUGAUCUAUGAUAAGUCUCAUGUAUUUCACCAAUUUUACAUAAGUAAGUCUCAUGUACUUCAUCAGUUGAAGUAUGCUUUGGAUUUUAGGAGUCAAAUCACCUCUGCCGUAGUGGAGAUUUUUACAUGCCCACCACUUCCUACCCUUGUUCACAUGUUUUACAAGGAUUACUUGUAUUUAUGAUUAAAAACAUGUUAGCUGAUAUCAUGUGGGUGUUCGUGGCUUUGAAGUCUGACUGGCCGGUGUGCGGAUGGCUUAUCUCACGUAAAAAUCUCCACUACGGCAGAGGUGAUUUGACUCCUAAAAUCCAAAGCAUACUUCAACUGACCCACGGUAAGUCUCGUAUACUUUAUAAUUUGUUUACAUCCUGGCGGCACCGCAUCCGACUGUCAUGCACCCUCUCCAGCCUUGCCUGGGAGCCAUCCGAGCUAUCCAUUGACUUCACACUAUCCCUUGAUGACCCAGUGGCACUUCUCCUGCUGUUACCAUGGCAGGACACCUCAAGUGGCAGGACUGUGCGGUCCUCCAGCCCCGACAUGACUGACACCUGCACCCAACAAGCCAAAAGCCUGCAUAAGCCCACAAAAUUUACUAACUUGGCAAAUUGGCAGGCCCAUCCCAUACCAAUGCCCUAUGGCAGGCCCAUCCCAUACCAUAGAUCCAACCUGAGUAUAUAGGGCAAAGUACCCGUCAUGACAAACGCCAAUCGAAGGAAACACUGUGGAAAACGAUGACCACGUCUGGAGAACACGUCUGACCAGCACGGGAACGGUCCAGCAACUGACUGGCCGGUGUGCGGAUGGCUUAUCUCAUGUAGGAAUCUCCACAUGGCAGAAGGUGAUUUGACAAAGUAAAAUGCGCGAGGCCUACAAUGCAUAUUUCGGCAUGCCUGUCGGGGAUCAGGACAAACCUUGGAUACCUCAUUUCACCUGCGAACUCUGCAAAAGAACUCUGGAAGGUUGGUACAGAGGGGAAAACAGAGCUAUGAGAUUUGCAAUCCCCUGAAUUUGGAGGGAACCAACUGAUCACUCAAGCAAUUGCUUUUUCUGUAUGGUAGACCCUUCCAAAUGUCGAGCAGGCAAAAAAUGUGCCUGCUAUCAUAUAUCCUCCAUGGCGCCUGUGCCACACUGCUCUGAGGUCCCCGUACCCACUCCUCCUAAGAGAGAGCAGAAGUGUUUACAAAAGGAAAGUAGUUCAGAACAUGAAGACACUGAUCCAGAGUUCAGAGAUGCAACUGAUGAGAGAAAUCCAUACUACCCCAACCAAGAAGACAUCAAUGACCUGAUCAGCGAUCUUGUCCUCAGGAAGUCAAAUGGCGAGCUUUUAACGUUGAGACUCAAGCAGUGGAAUUUGCUAGAUGAAUGUGUGCACAUGUCAGGUCAGAGAAAGCGUCACCAGCAUUUUUCAAGCUUUUUCACUCGUCAAGAUGAGCUUUGCUUUUGCCACAAUGUGACCGGUCUGUUUGAGGCAAUUGGAAUUACCCUUAACCCCAAAGAGUGGCGGCUCUUUAUCGACAGCUCGUGCAAAAGCCUCAAAGCAGUGCUGCUUCAUAAUGGGAAUAUGUACCCAUCUCUCCCCGUCGCCCACUCUGUCCAGCUCAAAGAGGAAUACAAGAAUGUCAAGAUGUUGUUAGAUGCCUUGAAAUAUGAAGAGUACUGUUGAGAGGUUAUAGGAGACUUCAAAAUGGUGGGUUUCAUGAUGGGGUCUCCAAAGCAGCUUUACCAAGUAUCCUUGUUAUCUUUGCCUUUGGGACAGCAGAGAUACCAUGGCACACUACCUCAAGUGGGACUGGCCACAGUGAACCGAGUUUAGUGUGGGGAAGGACGUCAAAUGGGAGCCAUUGUUGGAUCCCAGAAAAGUACUGUUUCCUCCACUCCACUUAAGGCCCCGAGCACACUAGCGACUUUGUAGAGCCACAAGUGGCUGCGUUUUGUGGCGGGGAUAUUUUCUCCCAUAGGUUCCCAUUGUUUUCAAGCUUUGCCGAUCACACUUGUGUCUGUGGCUCGUGACUGUGACAAGCUGUCGCUCGUCCCCGCCACAAACAGCGCAUUUUGUGGCGGCGUUUUGUGGCUGGCUGAGAGCACACUAGCGACCUCUGGCGACCACAUGUGGCAGCUAAUCAGUGAUGCUGUAAAACUGUCCGUGGGUCAAUCUCGAAGCAGUAAUUGGGUGCAUCCAUAGCGCUCUCCGACGACGGCGGCGGCGACGUCGCAGAAGUAUAAGCAGUGCAGUGACAGUGCCUCUUCCUCAGAGUCCAUGCUGAAAUUGAGAUGUAGUGAUAUCGGUGUGGCGACCAAAUGUGGCCGGGUAUUCAAAACAUAACCACAUGUGGUCGCCACAUGUGGUCGCAACUUGUGGCUCUAAAAAGUGGCUAGUGUGCUCUGGCCCGCCACUUUGCGCGGCCACUUGUGGUUCCACAGAGUGGCUAGUGUGCUCGGGGCCUAAAACUAGGCCUUAUGAAACAAUUCGUCAGAGCUCUAGAUAAGGAGUCCCCAGCUUUUAAGUACCCCCAAGAUUUCUUCCCCAAGUUGUCUGCAGCGAAAGUUGAAGCCGGUGUUUUUAUUGGUCCACAGAUAAAAAAGAUCAUGGAGUGCAAGGAGUUUCCCAAAAAACUUUCAAGGACAGAGAGAGCAGCAUGGGACAGCUUUGUUGCAGUAGUUCUUGGCUUCUUGGGGAAUCAUAAGGCCAAAAACUAUGUGGAGCUUGUUGAGAACUUGGUGACAAACUACAGCAAGAUGGGUUGCAGGAUGUCUCUUAAAGUUCAUAUCCUUGACGCCCAUCUUUAUGGAUUUAAGGAAAACAUGAGAGCGUACUCCGAGGAGCAGGGCGAGCGCUUCCACCAGGAUAUAUUGGACUUUGAAUGCCGCUACCAAGGGUCUUAUAAUGAAAACAUGAUGGAAGACUACAUUUGGGGGCUGAUUCGUGAAAGUAAUCUACAGUAUAAGCGUAAAUCUAGAAGAACUACUCAUUUUUAAUGUGUCUAUUGUCUCACUGGUGUAAUUCUAGAAUAAAUAAAUGCUAUUAUUGCAUUAUAUGUCGUUUUGUAUCUACUUUGUUCAAGUCAAACUUCAAAUUUGCCACUUUGUCCCU